AUGCUCCUCGUGGGCUUGCAGGUCUUGCCAAGCUACGACAUGGACUGGCUCCAACAGCCCGGGGUGCAGCACAAUGGGCCUUUUCUACCAUGUUGCGCUGUAAGCGGCCUUGUGAGCUUCAUCUUGGUCCUGCUCCUCUGGAGGCCACAGACUCAGGUCUUUGUGGACCGCAUCUGCAUCCAUCAGCAGGACCCUGCUCUGAAGGCAGAGGGCAUUUUCAACAUGGGAGGCAUCUUGAAGCACUCCAGCUCAAUCUUGGUCAUGUUUGACAGAAGCUGGGCUGAGCGCCUCUGGUGCGUCUAUGAGUUGGCAGCAUUCAUCAAGAGCCACGAGGACGAUCCGCAAGCGCAGGUCCUUGUGCGGCCGACGGCUUUAGCUCCCGGCUCGUGCAUCGCGCUGCUGACCGUCGCGACCUUCUCCAUGGUCGUGGCUGCGCUGCCUGCCGAGAACAAGCUCAUCGUAUGGGGGCUGAUCGUUCUCACCGUGAUUGUCGUGACCUUCUGGGCUUCCUUGGCCAUGCGGGGCUUCUUCCGGGACCUGAAGCAAGUGGAGAGCGCCCUGAAGCACUUCCGCAUGGACAAGUGCAGCUGCUGGUGCUGCGAAAACGGCCAUGUUCACCCGAAAAGCGGAGAGCCGAUCCAGCUUUGCGACCGCGAGCUUCUGCAACGUUGCAUUUGCGUGUGGUUUGGCUCCGUCGAAACUUUCGAAGACAGCGUGUCCAACACAGCAUCUGCGGCUCUCGUGGAUCAACUUGGCAGCAAUGCCUUUACAUACUCCUGGAUGCUGAUGCUGUGUUGUCCAUUCUGUUGGUCGAACAUGGACCGGAUCGUCGCCAACAUUCUGGUGGAAGACUACAAGACCGUGCUCGAGCUCUCGUUGUUGACCCUGGUUGGGUGGCUUUGUUGCGCCCCAGUCUUCAUCCGCUGUGCGCUGGUGGCCUCUCGCCGGUGGAGCGAUCGGCAACCGAGCUUCUGCCGGGAGUUCCUCGCCACAUGCGCAUGCGCCUUUUCCCCACUUCCCGCGGCCUGUGUCUAUGGCGUCUUUCAAGUGAGCCUCAACCAGGGCAUCCCCUACUAUGGCGUCGUCAUCUACUUCUUCUUGGCUCAUGCGGUGACCUAUAUGGUAUGGAACCGAUGUUUGAACCGCAAGGUAGGGAAUGGGCCGGCGGAGUUAGGGAGGGGGCAUGUUGCCGCAUCGGCGGCUAUGGAGUUCGAAGUGCCCCCUGAAGCCCCUCUCCCUCCUGAACCCCCUCAUGAGACAAACGUGAGCCUAUGA